AUGAUUCUGCCGCAACCCUUAGAUCGUGACCCCUCGGGUCGGGCCCAGCGCGACCCCCGGGCUGCCUCCGGGGCGACCCGGAGUCUGGAUGCGAGUUCCCUUCUCCGAGCUGUGCCCAUGAGCACCAAGCGGCGCCUGGAGGAGGAGCAGGAGCCCUUGCGCAAGCAGUUCCUGUCCGAGGAGAACAUGGCCACCCACUUCUCUCGACUCAGCCUGCACAACGACCACCCUUAUUGCAGCCCCCCCAGGACUUUACCCCCAGCCCUGCCUCCACUCAGAAGCCCUUGCUCUGAGCUGCUUCUGUGGCGUUAUCCUGGAAACCUGAUCCCUGAGGCCCUCAGGCUGCUGAGGCUGGGCGACACCCCUAGCCCCUAUUACCCUGUUACCCCAGCUGGGGACCUGAUGGAGCUCUGA